ACGCACCUCUUCUUCACUCACGCGUUGCAGCCUAUACGUCGCGUUCUACCUUCACCUCACCAAGCUACGGUCGAUAGGAGUGUUCCAAAGCAUGAUUCGAUUGCCGCAAACCACCUCGGAUUACAAACCUUACGUCAGUCCAAAUGGCUGACAGCUCGCUCCACGAUCUGAAUUACGGCCGGCCGGGGCUCAGAACAUAUGACCUGGACGACCGCGAAUGGAAUUCUCCCAGAUAUCGUACUUCAAAUGCAUUGAAGCAAGUCUCGCAGUGGCAGCUUUCAAUACCCGCGGCAACAACAUGUUUGCCUACUGGAGUAUUAACAAACACAACAAAGGCACGCAAAGAUGUCCGACGACUCACUCAGAACCACCUGCAGCUUGCUCCUGCUGCAAAGGAGCUGCCAGAGAUAAAUGCUGUGUCUGAGGCUGUGAUAUCUGCAGCGUCGACCUAUGAUCCCAAUGUUGGCGAUCUCUUGUCAUUUGGCACCGUCUAUCUGAAGAAGUGGGUCCGACCGAGACGAAUCGCUGCGGCGCCCACUGGGCCUUCUGGAAGUAUCUUACGCCUAGUACCGCUAGACCAGCAAAGGCAGGGUUGGGAAGGUGAUAAAUCUGUAUGGCUCACCGGACCAUCCUUCAGAAUUGUUGAUAGCGGCUAUUGGAACGAAGAGGCAACACCCAUCCAACAGAUCUGUUUUGGGCACGCAGACAGCGGUAACAGCUUUCUUGCUGUGCGUCUGCUUUCGAAGACCGUGCUCUUUCGACCUUUAUACCACCGUGGACGCCGAGCUGCUCCGUUGUCGCCGUACUACGAUCUGCCGCCAUCCCUCCUCUCUGCGCGGCCGAUAUUGAGCAUCCUACCUGAGCAGACCGGAGGCGCCCCACAUGCUGACGUAUCCUUCAAUCCCGACUAUCAGUUCCAGUUCGGCAUUGUCGACCAGCACUAUCAAUGGAGUCUCUGGCAGAUUGAGAGAAGAGCUAAGAGGGAGGAGUACAGUGUGUCGCGUAUGGUUAGGGGAGACAUCAUGCCGGAGCACAAUGACACGGAUGAUGGGGACGGCUGGGCGAGGAUCUUCUGGGCAGGCGACAGCAACACAUUAAUUGUGUGCAAUCGACGUCACCUAAGCGUUGUCGGUGUCAAGGGAGAGACGUUCGAAUACCUUCAGGCUCCCAUCAUCAUACCGCAGCGCUCAACGGACUGGAUUUUGGAGAUCAGACGGCAUCCCCAGCACCAGGAUUGCUUUUUUGUUCUUACGUCAACGAGGCUGUUUUUGAUAGCAGUGACGACGACCAGCGCAGCGAUUGACAGCACGGUUGGUGAAGCUGGUGCGUCGAUCCUUCUUUCUCGAAGACAUUAUCGUGGCGGCGAGGACAUCACUUUGCAAGCGAGUGUCCAGACACUGGAAGCAACGACAUGUCUGUUUAUAACUUCCCGUCUGAACAAGCUUGUUCAAGUCUAUCAUUUUGAAGACUUUCCUCCGCACUCUGCUGAGCCCAUCAUCAGCACAGAUCCAGUCACGUUAGGCUUUGAACCACCGACCUCCGCAGGUAUAACACAAUUGCACAUCCAGCCACUCGAGUAUGGAACGAAGAUAGUUUCGAAGCAGCAACAACUGAAUGCCGCCGCGCAGUCUUUCUUCGAGAAAGCAGUUCCAUUCUAUCAGCUCACGGUAGUCUUGGCAGAUCUGAGUGUUUAUCAGACUGUAUUGCUGUCGUCGCAAUACGAUCCUGCUCCCGAGCCACUUGUAUGGAGGAGAAUUGUCGUUGCUAAACACUCCAUCGACGCCAGGGCGGAUAUCGAUGAGAUGGGCAGUUUUGUGGAACCAAAUGGUCCUGACUGGGACGCCGAACCCGAGUCAAAGCUUGAAGGACAAUCGCUGCAGCUAGUGAAAUGGUCAGACCAAGCACCUGCGCUGGCAACAGCGGACUGCACAACGAUCUAUGGGGCACUUGUCCGCGAUGACCAUGUCGCCGGCGAAAGCAUCACUCUAGAGGCUCUCACUGAUCAGGUGCAAGGCCUGUUGAGAGGAGACCUGGUCGGUCUUGAAUCAAGGCAUUUUAUGGAAAACCUCGACAGCGUUCUAGUGUCUGACGUUGAUGAAGGAUCUGCGAAAGUUGAUCGACUAUUCGCAGAUGACGGUCCACAAAACACUCAUUCGCUGCGGCCUAUUGCGUCCACAGCUGUCCUGCGUCUCCCCGAGACCGAGCAUGCUUCUAUUUCAGAUUUGUAUGACACUAUACUCCGGGACUGGAUUGCACCACUGCCAAAAGAAAUUCCAGUCCCUGUGCGACAGGCAAAGGAACGUUUGGCUCGUCGCAUUGCUGCUGAAGUCACCCUAGCAGGCGCGCAGCUGACCGUCAAAGAAGAGGAGCAUUCUGCUAUGGUUCCAGGCCAGUCGCUGUCGCUGCCCAUUCUACCUUCGAAUCCCCCCGAUCUGUUGCCAACUCCGCCGCAGUCAUCUGUGCCACCAUCGUCGCCAUCGCUGCCCGAGUAUCCUCAGCCUCCUACCAGCGAUCCUUUGUCGCGCCUACGCAAACACCUAAAGAUCAACGACGACUCGGCCACGCCACCGAUUAUCAUCGCUCCAAGCGUGUCAGAGUUGCUUUCUCACUGGCAGCCUGGAACCGAUCCCAGUAUCUACGACUGGGAAGCCACAGAACGCACACUCCGGCCUGAGAUGCUGGAUGAAGAAAGCCAAGAGCUGCGCGAGAGGGAGCGUAAGAAGAAGGAGCGAAGAGAGAAGCGGCAGAAGCGCGAAGACGAGCUCAUGCGGGCAAAGUCUCAGACGACUACUCUACCUACUUUUGCGCGGCCCGCCAUCCCGCGAAGCUCACCGGGUCCGACCUUCGGUGGCAUGGCAGCAAGUAGUCAGGUAGCGAUGCCGGCAUCGAGCCAGGUAUCGAGUCAAGUACAGGGACAAGGAGGUGGGUUCGGAGGUUUUGGUGGUGUGAACAGUAUGGUACCGCAAAGUCAAGUCGAGCCUGGGAGAUUUGGCGGCCGGCCUGACAAGAAGAAGAAGAAGGGCAAAAGCAGAGUCAGCGGAUUUUGAUGCAGUCUUUGUCUGUGGUCACUUAAGAUAGUAGUAGCCUCGUAACGAAACUCGAAUGAGACUAGUUCACC